AUGAAAAAUGCUAACACUGAAUAUAAUCAAUAUUCAUACAAAACAUCGAUAAAUUCUCUUAAAGAUAAAAAAAUUACAUCAACGACAUCUGGUGGCAAUAUUAAUAAUAAAAAAAUAAGAAAAAAAUUUAAGAAAAAAAAUAAAAAAACUUCAUUCAAGCCAUACGUCAUUCCGAUAUUUGGUAAACGUAAGAAAAGAGACACAGAUAUACCAAGUUAUGAUAAAUACGAUCUCAUAGAUAUAAAUUAUCAUCGUACAUCUCGUCAGGAACUAUAUGAGAAACUUGAAAAAUUUUUGGAUCAAUUGGGACAAAAUGGAACUGAAUGUAUUUUAAAGUCAUUAUGUGAAAUUGGUCAGAGAGAAGAUGAUACUGAACCUGUAGAUAUAUUUCGAGAAAUUUUAAGAGCUAUUUUCACUUUACCACAACCAGUUUUUAAAGUUAAACAAGAAAAACAUAAAAUAUAUGAUGAAGCGCAUUCAUAUGAAGGUGAUUGUAAUGAAAAAUAUCCUCUUUGCCCUACAAGUGUUUGGGCUGAAUGA